AUGACCAACUCCCGAACCUCACCGCUCCUCCUCAAUGAUACCAAUUAUACAACUUGGUCGUUUCUCAUGACCGCAAAACUCAGCAAACUUGAUGUACUAGAAAUCGUUCUUGGAUCCAUCAAGAAGCCGGAGCUUGACGACAUCAAGAAGCCAAACGAUCAGUACUUGGCUUAUUGCGAAUCAAACCGAGUCGCCUAUAUUGAAAUCAUUGAACAUCUCAAUAGUCAUCACCUUGCAUAUGUCGCUCAGAUCCUCAACGACGACAACUCAUUCUGCAGAUUCUCGGUCUGGCAGAUUCUGAAGAAAAAAUAUGCCGGCAACAACUACUCCUCCAAGGACACCGCUCUUGAAAAGUUCCUCAAUCUUGAAUACCAUGGGUCGACAUCCAAAUUCAUUUACGAAGCACGUGCCGCAAACCAUAGAUUAACGACUGCAAAAGUUGGCCUUGACGAUCAAGUUAAGACAGCGAUCAUACUUUGCAAGCUGCCAUCAGAGUUCCAGUCAUUCAGAACGGUUGUCAGCAUCGGAUACCCUCACGACUCUGUACCCACAAUGCUCUCACGAUUGGAGAAGCACGCAACUCAGAAUCAUCUCGAUCGAUCAUCAACAUCCAUUCCCUCUCCUCAAGCCUUGCUCACCACCGAUGAAAAGUUCUACAUGUGUCCUCAUUGUAAGAAAGGAUUCACAAUCUGUUCUCACUGCAAUAAAGCCGGACAUAAAGAAUCAAUAUGCUUUGAAAAGCACCCUGACUGA